AUGUUCAAGCUUUCCUUCCUCCUCCUUGCCCUCAUCGCCAUCAUCGCCUCUGUCACUGCAGACAAGCCCAAGUCUCUUCGAAGACUGCAAACUGCUGCACCCGUCGCUGUUCCAAUCGCCGUCGUUGCACCUGUCGCUGUACCUGUUGCUGCUGCCAGCAGCAGCAAGGGAAGCAGCAGCAAGAGUAGCAAGAGACAACUUGUUCACUACAAUACCCCUUACGAGUCUUAA